AUGUCAGACGUUAAGGAUCUCUUGGAUUCGGCCAAUCUCGACAUUGAUUCACUGUGCAAAAACCAACUAGAAAAAUUCAAUGAAGGACAAAAAUUUACUUAUAUUGGAAACAUUUUAUUGUCGUUGAACACUUUGAAAGAUUUGGAGGUGUAUUCCAGUGAAGUGGCACAGAAUUAUUUCAACACGCAAGCCGCCCACAACCUACCCGCACAUAUUUAUGCAACUGGUUACGAAAUCUUCACGACAUUGAUGAAAAAGGGAAACAAUCAGACUGUUAUACCAUACGGCAUUUCUGGAUCAGGGAAAUCUGUUUGCUGUCAAUUGUUAGUACAGAGUUUAGCUGAACUGACCUGUAAGAAAACGAGAAGCAAUGAUAUGUUCCAAAAACUUUCCGCAGUCGGCUCGUUUAUGGAUAUGUUCCUGAACGCGAAAACGAACCUUAAUGUGAACAGUACACGUUGUGCCAAGUUGAUCCAGAUGUUCGUCAGCAGUAGUGGCAUAUGUGAAGGAGUGUUUCCUAACGAAACACUAACACUGGCGACAAUUCCAGCAUUCUUCUCGUUUUAUAUGUUGGACAAGAGCCGGUUGAGUCAGCUUCAAACGAACGAAAGAAACUUCCACAUCCUCUAUUACAUGCUUGCUGGCCUCAGUGACAAAGAACGUAAACUCAAUCUAUUGGACAAUCCUGAUAAACACAAACUUGUGAUGUUGACUGAUGGUAGUGAGAUAUUCAAAGACCCGUCAUACUUGAAGGCUUGCAAGCAAAAGUGGGGCAAAUUUAACGAUUAUCUCAACCUGUUUGGCUUCAUUCCAGAGGAGCGAGGCAGCGUACUUGCGGUCUUGACGGGCAUACUGCAUUUGAAGGACCUUCAUUUCAUCCACGACCAUGACAUCGAUGGCGUUGGUGUCUCCAACGAAGAGAUCUUAGACACUGCAUCUCACAUGCUUGGUCUCAACGUCGACGUUUUAGCUGGCUACCUCCUUACAUUUGAGAUCACCGUUAAAGGUUCGGUGGAUUUUUAG